GGAAAAACGAUUCGAUUCAUGGUCAUGAACAACUUACUUCCCAACAAGCUACACAUAGACAAAAGAUUUGACUUGAAAGGCGCAACCAAAAGAAAAACAGCUACCAACGUUGGCAAAGACGAUGAAUUUCUUAAAACAUAUCCAAAUGGGUUUGAAAUGAACGAACGAUAUGUUACCAGAUUGAGAGAGUUGUUGGAGUUGGAUUUCAUGGUAGGAUUAUUUCACAAUAAAUAAAAGCAUAUCAUUAAUCUGCACACAAUAAAAAGCAUAACUGAUUCAAUUUUUUAAACGCGGUAAGUCCUUUAUCAUUCCCGAGAGAUGAAUGAUUGUUAUUUAAGUGCCAUUUGAUGUUGACUAUAACACUAGUGAUAUAGAGGGUUUUUUUUUUGGGGGGGGGGGUGGAAUGGCUGUACGAAAACAUAUUUCAACAGCUGCAUCUUUAUUCUUAACUCAGUGAGAGAAUUCAUCCAUAACUGAAAUCAACAUACAGCUAGAAUAAGGAGUAGACUGGUGCAAAAUAUGUAAGCGGAUAGUAAAUUCACACUUUGAAUUUGUAAGAUUAAAGUGGCGCAGUCUAUCCCUGGUUACCUCAAUUUUCCAAGACCUAUCACUAGCAUAAUGCUCGUUUAUAUAUAUAUAUAUAUAUGUAUAUAUAUAUAUAUAUAUAUAUAUAUGUGUAUCAUAUGUAUUAUAUAUAUAUAUAUAUAUAUAUAUAUAUAUUACAUAUGAUACAUUAUAUGUCAGCUAGGUCGACCUUCGCAUGCGAAGCUGUAUUGUGUACGAAGUGAGGGAGAGUUGCCCAAUUCGUCAGCAUCGCUCUCUCGUCCUUGCCUAUUUGUUCCAAUGGCAAAAGCUAGUCUAGACGACUGGAAAUAGACAAGGAUGCAGAAGAUCACAAGCAGUUUGUAUCGUGUAUCACCGUGUUCUAUAUGCAGGAGUUGUUNAUUUAUAUAUAUAUAUAUAUCAUUAAUUUUUUUACAAACAGCCAUCCGUUUUCAUAAUCAUUAAUGAGCUAGUUUAAGAAAAAAAAACUCCUAUGUCCAAUAGAAAAAUCUAUUGAAUACACGUGCAUGCACAUAGGUAUUUAUAUUUUAUUUAAUAUUCUGUACGUUUUUCUACCCUUGAUAAUUAAUCUUAUCAAACCUUAAAAAUUACAUUACGUAAUGUGUUACUUAAUAAGACCUUAGCCUAAGUAAUUAGAAAUUAGCCAAGGUAAAUAACGGGUGCACAGGGUAGCAGAGCCCCCUACUGCCCUGUCCACUUCCCACUUUCGCUAAGGAAGCUUCAACGCCCUCAGUUUGAGCUCACGUGCCCACAUUUACUUUAUCACCGAUCCUGUCUGGCGUUUAAAAUCAUUUCAAAACACUAGAACCGCUCUGUAGAUCAGAGAAACAAAGCCUAGGUUUACCUGCCAUAAUUCAACACAAACUCACGAAAUUUAACUGACAUUUUCACCUUUACCGGGUCUUUGGAGACGUUCUGGAAAGGGAAUGUCAAUUUAAAUUUGAAAAUCCCUUGAACAGGUUGUUGAUCUUUCCCGCCUCAAAACUUAUUACCACUUUCAUUGAAACAUUACGAAUUUUGUUUUCUUUCUGUUCCCACUUGUUCGUGUGACGCAAAAAAUGAGCUUUUCUAAUAUAUAUAUAUAUAUAUAUUUAUAUGUGUGUGUGAGUGUAUGUGUGUGUGUAUAUAUGUAAAGAGCCAAACAUAUAGGAACAAUGAUUUUAAUGUGUAGAGGCCAAAGGUGGGAAUCAAAGGAUAUCGACCAAGGGUUAUUCAAAGGGUGGGCCCCUAUUGUGUAAACUAAGAUUUUAGAGAAAUAAAAAAAUAUUUGAUACAUGGCUCAUUCUGUUCUUCCUAAAAAUGUUGACUUGGAAUUUUUUAUUCUUAUAGAUGAAUCAAAAAUAUUUUUCCUCCUUAUUUCUAGCACUUGAGAGAACUUGGACUCACCAGCUACAGUAUGUUUAUUGCCCUUCAUGAAGUAGAUAAAGAUGAUGAAGACGACCAUUUGAGAGUGUCUAAAGAUAACAUACAUGAACAUACUAGAUCACCUCGUUCACUUGGAUUAUUAAGGUUUGUCAUAGAUAACUGGAACGUAAUAUGUUGUUGUUCGUCCGUCGAAGUCGACUAGGACCAUCGAGACAUCCGUUAAGGGGGAGGGUGGGUUACGGUGAGCUCGUAGGUGGCCUGCAAGACCGAUCCGUGCUUGGAAUAAUCUCUGGCACCGCGGGCAUGGGAUGGUUGCAGAAGACGGUGACCUAAUGCUGGUCUUUCGGGCAAGCCUGCGUGUCUCAGCUGUAAUUAUCCUAUCAGCUUCAUGGGAUUUAGCACCCUGCUUGACAGCUGCUCUCCACCUGGCUCUGUCCAGGGCUGCCUGCAGCCACUGAGUAUGGUUUAUGCUGAAGGCCUUUAGUGCCACUUUCAGUGAGUCUUUGUAACGCUUUUUUUUUACCACCUUGGGAAAGCUUGCCUGUCGUGAGUUCUCCGAUGGAUAUCUGUUUCCGGAGCCGGUGGUCUUCCAUACGGGCUACGUGCCCCAUCCAUUUGAGGUGUACAGAGUGUUACUCACAAAAAAAUUUGCCAACAUGAAUAUUCCACACACAAUUUUCCCUAUAGGAAUAUCACGUAUGCGGAAAACUCCACAAAAAACACUCUUCACGUGAAUUUGUCACCAAACGGAAAAUUUCCCGCAUAGAUGACUAAGCGCACAAUAUAUUCUUAACAUUCUGUGUGUGUGUAUUUGCUGCUACUGCCUUUAGAAUGUAAGCUUGGAAGAUAAAUAAUAGUUGCUGGGUAUACUUCAAUGAAAUACAAAUAUUAUAAAGUUGUAGAAAGGGAAAUGGGGAUCAAUGGAAUUGGAACAAAUCUUAGUUAUUUAUUUUGUGAUCUGAGUUUGAAAACAUUGCUUGUUAAGGCAGGCUAGGAUUCUGAAAACUUGAAUUGAAUGUAGUCAGAAUUUCUUUUUUUUUACAAUUACAUUUCUUUAACCCACCAAUUUCUUGCAUUGUAUGUGCUUCCGAAAUUGGUCGAUAUAAUAUUUCACUGUAUGAUCUCAUUUAAUUUUUAAAUUUAACUUUUGUAUUUCCAUUCAGUUUUAGAUCUCAUGGUGUGCCAGCCCAACUAGGCGGUACUGGUAAAGUCUUACUAUACAUUGGCAUCAUCCAUAUACUAAAACCUUACACAUUUAGAAAUAAAGAGGAAUAUUUUUUCAAGUCAAUGCUUCCAGGCGGGGUAAAUGGAUUCUUUUUUGUUUUUGUUUUUUUUUUGUUAUUAUAAAUAUUUUCAUUAGUCAAUUGCAAUAUUUCAUUGAAUUUAUAUUAUAGAUAUUGCAUUUAUUAAACUUUUCUAAUAAUAAUAAUAAAGUUCAUUUUAAAAACACGAUUCAUCCCCAAAGGCUCGAAGCGCGGUACAAAGUCAACAAAAAACAUAUCUAUAAUUUACCACAUUUAAAACAAACGCAACACUACAAAAACUAAUUACAAGCAUACAAUGGCAAAGUCUUUCUAGCCAUUUCAACCAUAAGCAACACAGCCAUUAUGCAUUAACUGGAAAAUAAGGUAGACAAUCAUCCCAGAAGGUGUUUGCGAAAUAGAUGUGUCUUUAAAUCGGUUUUAAAGGACUCCAGUGUCUGGUUGUUUCUGAGAUCGACAGGAAGGGCGUUCCAAAUUGUUGGACCAGCAAAUGCGAAAGUGCGCUUUCCGCAAGUCUCAAGGCAAACACGUGGUGUCGAGAGUUUGCCACUAUCGGAUGAGCGGAGCUCUCUAGUGGGUACAUAAGGCGUCAGCAGCUCUUUCAGAUAGGACGGCGCCACGUCAUGUAAGCAGCGGUAGCACAAAGUUGCGAUUUUGUACUCUAUGCGAGCACGCACCGGCAGCCAGUGCAGCUCUCUCAGAAGUGUUUUUGCAUGGUCGAACUUGCGUUUGCGGAGAACAAUGCGAGCCGCAUUAUUCUUUGCUAUUUUAAUUUUAUCCAGGAGCGUAGCUGGAAGACCCACCAUGAGAGCAUUGCAAUAGUCCAUGCGUGAUAGCACAAAUGCAAACAUCAGCCUCUUUGUUGCAUCAAUUGUUAGGAAGGGCCUGAUGUGACUAAUCCUGCGCAGCUCCAGAAAAAUCGCCUUGCAAUGCAUGUUAAUAUGACUUUCAAAAGUUAGUCUUAUAUCUAGGUAGACACCCAGGUACCGCACUGUUUGAGCUAACUCAAUACGCACACCUCAGAGAGUAAUGGAUGUCGUGUUAUUUGCAGAUUUUUGCUUCUGAGUGGUCGCGAUGGGGAGCAGCUCAGUCUUAUCAUCAUUUAAUUUGAGCUUGUUUAUGGUCAUCCAGUGCUUAACCGACUCCAUUGUCUUCUGUUUUUUAUUGAGCAGCUGAGGGAACUGAGAAGGGAUCACGGAUUGAUGAAGUUGAGUAUCGUCCGCGAACAUGUGAUACAACAUGUCAAACUGCCUGAUCUCUGCACCCAGGGGCUGAAUGUACAUCGUGAAAAGCACCGGGCCUAUGACCCAGCCCUGGGGUACUCCGAAUUCGAUAUUAGAUUUCUUCGAGGUCAAGCCAUUUGAAAUAACUGACUGGACCCGAUUAGUCAGAUAUGAUCGGAACAAACACAGGAGUGUAUCAGUGAGACCGAACGUUUGUUGCAGACGCUGUAGCAGUAUGCCGUGGUCAAAUGUUUUACAAAUUGUUUAAUGUUAAGAAAUCAAAUAAUGAAAUUAGAGCUAGGGAUUUCAUCUUUUCAAAGUAGGCUUCCAAUUAUACAUAAGUCAAGUACGCAGUCAAUGAAAUUCUAUUCUAAGCCGAUUCGUGUAUCUUAAUUCACUCUUAUCUCUCUUCUCUUCUCACUCUUCCGGUCAAUUUCAUUCCUCAAUAUUUUCCACCUCCUUUCAAUUUUAUCUAUCAAUUUCAGAUUUUUAAAAAAGCAUCUGAGAAUAUUUAAUUAUAAUUGAUCUCUGACUUUCUGAGCAAUAAACAGAACAUUGAGUUUAAAAAAAUUAUCAUCUUUGUCUUGCUUCUUAUUAGCCUAGAGUUCCAAGCAUGUUUAAGUAAAGCUAAUGUUCCUCUUGCCUUCUGUAAGCUUAACAUAAGUUCCCUAAUCCGUACUAACCAUCUAUAAUCUACACAGACCUAAUCGUAAUACAGUUGUAUUAGGGUUCCCUCCCAUUUUAUGUAUUUAAUUUACCAGAUUCUAUGCCAACAUAUUUACUUGCUAUGAAAUUCAAGUAAUAGGGUCGUUCUCUUACGCUUGAUUGUAUCAUUAUGAUCGUGAUUUUUUGAUGCAUGAAUACUGGAUCCAUAGAUUUGAGAAAUAUUUGAAAAUUAGUAAAAUCAAGAAGGGUAUGAUAAUGUUUUCUGGGAAUAGUCUGAACAUCUUAAAGAUAGUUACUUCUGUUUAUUGUGAUCCCAUUCAUCAUAAUAUCCUAGAGGGUCACGUUGUGACGCUGCUUGUUUAAAGCCCGAAUUCACUCAAUACUUUUUGAAUAUGUAACAAAAAACUUAUUUAAGAGACUUUUGGCUCUCAAUUUGGCAUUUGCAGUAUACGUCGCAUUGAUAUAAGUCUCAUUUUUAUUCCAGACCACUCUUCAUUGAUUCUGGACCGCUGACUGAUUGUUUAUAUUUUAAAGUGUUGAUUUCCUUGUGCUGUAGCUACAGCUGUUGUCAAAACAUGAUAGACAUAGUUACAAUGAUCAAUACGUUGAAGCUGUAGUUGCGGAUCUAUUAAAGAAAUAUAUCAAACGCAAUAUUACUAUGUGCAUUGAGGCACUUCAUCAUUUUAUGGAUAGUAGGUUAAAACAAGACGCUUGUCUUUCGCGAUUUUUUACUUGAAACUGAAGUCAAUUGCAAAGGCGCGGAAUGUAUUAUCCUCGACAUUUGAUACAAUUUCGCAACGACCGUGUAUCGCGCAAGGAGAGGGGGGGGGCUGACUUUUUCUUGGAAUCUUGUGAUUUUUUACAGCACCAGUGAUGUGUGGUAAAAAAAUCAAAUGACAAUUUCGUGAAUUUCUUGUCUUCUCAUAGGGUUGCCAAACAUGAAAGACUGUAGUUUAAAGACAAUGCAAUUAAGUUUUGUCUCUUGCGUGUACAAUUAGCAUUGGUUUUAGACCAGUGUUCAUGUUCUGUAAAUGUAAUGAUGAAAUCAGCAGCAACCCACUUGUUGAAAAUCUAUGUAAUAUUUGUUAAACUUUUUCUCCUAUUUAUUCUGGAUCUUUCAAAGCAGAAUCACAGCGACCUUGGAUUGGAAAUGUAUGUUAUACACAUAUCGAGUCUAAGUUUGUAACAAAGAACUAAGGCAUGCCAGGAAAAAAAUAUUUUUGAAAUUUGAAAGCUUUGCAUUGGAGGCCAAAUGAAAUAAAUAGUUUUGGCUUCUUCUCGGAGACCUUAAAUUCAAAUAACUACUGAGGCAAGGCGAGUUCUCCUGUGCUGAUGAUAGGCCUGUAUUCAUUCGAUAUUGCUGUCAGAGUGAGUUUUCCUGUGCUCAUGACAGGCUGAAUUUACUGGAUGUUGCUAUCAGAGUUGCUCUGAACAGAAAUGGCUGACUGCAAAACAAACUUUGUUUUGUUGCACAGCCUGGGACAAUUCUCAGGUCUAAUUUGGUAGGAAUUCAGUCUUAUCAUAAUGGUUAAAGAAUGGAUGUUCUCCUCCUUAUGUAGUGAUAACAUCGAAAUAAUAAUUUUAAAAACAAUUUAAACAACUCAAAAUUAUGAGCACAUUUUCUUUACGUUUCAAUUUUAAGGGCAGUUACAAAGAAUGCCGACAUCCUUAUAUACAAUUUAUUACCUGUCAAAUUCUUUAAUUCUUAUGUCUCUAAAAAAUAUUACUAAUAGUUCUUACAGUAAAUUAAGCAGAUGCUUUACGUUGGAAUUAAAUUAAUUACUUUUCGGCAAAAUGAAACAAAACACCUUUGCGUGGUAUUAAGAGUCCCUUUCAGUCCAGCAAAUAGAUUAUUUUCUAGCGCCCAUUGAACAUAGCUUUUCCACUUCAUGUUUAGUAUAACUGUUUUGGGAUUUUCUUUCGAGCGCCUAUUGAACUCAUCUUUGCAUAAUGACAUUGGCUUAUUCUUACUUAAAAAGGUAAUAGUUUGCAUGUACUCUUACUUUUAUUUCCCAAAAUUUUAGACUUCAGAAUACGCUGCUUUAUUUAUCCACCGUUUACCGUCAGUUCAUUCUCAGCUAAGUUAUGUUGGUUAAUGUCUUCCCGCUAAUUACACACCCCGUGAUUUAAGACCGAACUUGACUGGCUUCGUCUUGUCUGAGGGACAGGUUUUAGAAUAUACGAGGCCUAGCUUUUCCUAUGUUUGAAAAUAUUAUUAUGUCUUGAGAUAAUUUGACAAGUACACAUACUUAAAUAACAAACAUUAGUUCUAAAUUGGUACAAAACACAAGCUUAGAAAAAAAUAAACAAUUUUGGUUUAUACUUUUACUAGUGGGAGAAUGAGGAAAAAUAAUAUAUCAUAGCUGUAAUAAAUAGAUACAAUUGCCCCCAAAAUACGCAAAUACGCAGGAAUAAGUCAAUGAUGAGGUUAGACAAAAACAUUCAUUCAUAAGAAACUUCCUAGAGAUAAAUAAUUAACAUUACCCACAGUAAAAUACUGAACUAUUCAAAAGUUCAGAGGUAUUUAAUUUCGUACCUACGUUUGGUUACUAUAACACACUAACGUGUCUAAUACAAAUAAAACUCUGGUUAAAGGGACUCUGUUAGCAAUCUCUUACCAUGAAAUCUGUACACACAUACGUUGAUAUUCAAGUCAGAUUGGUCAGGACCAGUAAAAAAAAUAAAGUGUGUCAGGUGGUUAUGGGUUAUUCCACGUGAUUUCAUAAACGUAUAAUAUAUUGGUAGAGUCCAAAUGUGGAGCUAAAAUGUUGACUUUGCAACAUCGCCACUUAGCACUCAAUAAAUUUCUACAAUAAAGAGUUUCAAAUAGCACCAUUUAAAAUUUAGAGAGGUCAAGUUGAAUUAUUUGUUUAAAAAGAAAAGUGCUUUUUUAAUAUGGCUGGAUAUUUAGCAAGGGGCUUACAUCAAUCUCAGUGGUGAACUACGCUACUAAAUAAUGGAGCACUGGGUUGUAACAUAGCCGAAACGUGUGUUGUUUUAUUCCAUCUUUCUUCAGUUUUUCCACUAAUCUCUUUACAAUAAUACUUCAUUUGUUUAGUUUUUUUUACACAAGAAAUUUUUUUAACGCACUUAAACACUAAGAAAUAACAUAUUAGACUUGAUAUUAAUAACUGAACCCCUGCCCCCAGGAUGACACACCAGUUCAGCCACCCAAAAAAUUUGAAGAGAGGUUCAUGAGAUUCGUCAGGG